AUAGGGAAGUGUGUUGUAUAUAUUGCAGUGAAAUGCCAAUAAUAGGAAUUCACUAUUUUAGUUUCCGUUUGUAAUGGUUAUAAAUUCCAUCGAAAGACCCAUGAAAGCAUUAAAAGUCUUGGUUUAUCUUUUACUGCAUUUCGCGAAUAGAGAACAUUUGUAAAUAAACGAGUGUUCUUUUUUCCUAACGUGUUUUUUGGGAGGAGACGUCAUCUGGAUACUAUUUUUCAUUAAUUUCAGCUUUAAUCUAUAACCACAAUCGCAUCAACCCACUUACGCAAAUGGAGUUUGAGAUUCAGCACACCUGGGACAGCAACCUUGUGAAUCAUGAGCCCAUCAAGAUUGUUUUUUCCCCUGGGUUAGGAGGGCUGAAGAUGCAAGUAUUUGGCCCAUUCUUCAAUGACCCAGCAGCUCCUGAAGGACCCCCAAGUCAAGCUUUCCCUGGACUCUGGGACUAUGAAGUUGUGGAAUCUUUCUUCCUUGAUAGCACCACAGAAAAUUAUCUCGAGGUGGAGCUUUGCCCACAUGGACAGCACCUCAUAUUAUUGCUGUCAGGAGUUGGCCAAGCAUUCGUGCAACAGCUGCCCAUGGUCUUUACAGCGACAAUCACAGGGGAUAGGUGGACAGGUGAAUCUCUGAUCCCCUGGUCAUACUUCCCUCCCAAUGUCAACAAGAUGAACUCCUAUGCCAUCCAUGGCUCAGGAGAGAAACGCACAUAUGAGGCUCUCUACCCCAUCCCAAAAGAGGAGAUAGUUGAAGGCCAAAAGCCAAACUUCCAUCGCCUGGAGUACUUCAAAAAUUUCCGCCUGCAAAGCAUUAUGGGAGAGGACUGGGUCCAGCCAGAUUCUGAUCUGUGGUUAGGAAAGCCCUGAGCUCCUUUUUUCUCCCUGUACGCACACACAGACACACAAACUCACUGCAGCAGCAGCAGGGCAAUAGUGGAAACACUGUUUGACAGGGAACAAAGGGCAAUCAAUCUUUAUUAGUUAAUGAUAUAAAAAGAUAUGACAAGAAAUGUGUUAUCAGCUUGUCAGACCGUGUUAGACCUUGCACAUUCCCGUGCAUGAACACGCACACACAAAUCACAAGAUGCUGGACAUCACCUUAAAUUGCCUCAGCAGAGUGUAACCUACAGCGCUUAUGAUGUACUUGGUGGAAAGCUGUGCUCAUUUUGACAUUCAGCUCUUGUGCAGCCUGAAUGUUUCACUUUGUUGAGAUAACCUCCAAUGAGUUCUAGUGAUUGUUUGCCCUGACUGUUCGGGAAUGUGUCAGCUAAUGUGUCGGGUCUGCUUUUGGAUCAGUGCUUCUUAUAAUUAGGUCCUUUUGGAAUCAUUCCACUACUUGAAUUGAAUUAAUUUUACCUUGAAAUAUGUUUACAUAUUGAUUAAAUUGUGUUGGUGAUUGACAAGUAUUAGUAUCAUCUGUCAAUAGAGGCUGUUUGCAUAAUAAGAUUCUUCCCACUCAUUUUGAAGAACAUUUUUGUUAUAUUGCUAUUUUUUGUUUCAUUUUCUUGUUUUUUUUUUUGUUUUUUUUCAUCUUUAUGUUUAAAUAAACUCUCAAACUGAAUCAAAUCAAAACUUGGUUUAGUGAUUUUUUUGCUUCCUUGCCAAUAGAUGGACUAGAGGAUCAUUUACACCGUUAUGUUUGGACCCAGAUUAUGUAGCCAUUGUCACUAGCUUGGUCUGCUUAGGUUAAAAUCUGUCCUGGUCUCUCAGUUGGUGUCCUUUCUCAACUCUUGACAAAAACUAAUUGCAAACUAUUCUUUAAACUUGGCUAAUGUGAAAUAUACAACAUGUUCUCCUAUUAUGUCAAAUGGAUGUAUGCAAUGCUUUUUUAUGAUUAUUAAACUGAACUGAAGUGAGAUGA